GUCCGUAUCAGAGCGCCAGCUGCAGCUUGGCGCAUCCCAGACGGUUCAGCUGAUUUUAUUCUGCUCGGUUUUCGCGAAACGUCAAACCAGCUCUCGUGUCGUUCUGGAUCUGUAGAGAACAUCUCUCUAGAUCGCAAAGGGAAGACUACAAGGAGAACAGGGAUAAAUUACCUAAUCAAGAUGGGCCAAUCUGACACUUUAGCCAUUCAUCAUUUCAUGCUAACUCUUGCCACGUUGUUCAUCGUUUUUUCCCAAGAGAUGCAGAAGGUUGCUGCUGGAGACUCUAAGUUCGAGGAAAAUUCAGCCAAUAAAUCAGCAGCAUGCGCUGGUAGUUAUGACUGUAAGGAGGGUGUGGUCCUGCCAAUAUGGAAGCCAGAAAACCCAGUGUUUGGGGACAAGCUGGCUAGAGCCACAGUCUAUUUUGUUGGUUUGGUCUAUAUGUUUUUAGGGGUCUCCAUCAUUGCAGACCGUUUUAUGGCAUCCAUUGAAGUCAUCACAUCACAAGAGAAAGAAAUCAUCAUCAAGAAGCCCAAUGGUGAAACCACCACAACCACUGUCCGCAUCUGGAAUGAAACCGUAUCAAACUUGACCCUUAUGGCUUUGGGUUCCUCUGCUCCAGAGAUCUUGCUGUCAGUGGUAGAAGUGUGUGGCCAUAACUUUCAUGCAGGUGAGCUUGGGCCAAAUACCAUCGUUGGCAGCGCAGCUUUUAACAUGUUUGUCAUUAUUGGCCUAUGUGUCUUCGUUAUCCCAAACGGAGACCAUCGCAAGGUGAAACACCUGAGAGUGUUCUUUGUUACCGCCUCUUGGAGUAUCUUUGCGUACACCUGGCUAUACCUGAUCUUGGCAGUUAUCUCUCCAGGUGUUGUGGAGGUGUGGGAGGGGCUCAUCACUCUUUUCUUCUUCCCUAUAUGUGUCUUGUUCGCGUGGGUUGCUGACCGUCGACUUCUGUUCUACAAAUACGUAUCUAAAAGGUACAGAGUUGGGAAACAGCGGGGAAUGAUCAUUGAAACUGAGGGAGAGCCAGAGCUCCAGACAAAGACAGACAUUGAAAUGGAUGGACAGAUUAUCAACUCCCAUGCAGAGGAAUUCCUGGAUGGAGUUGUGGAUGGUGAAGUUAAAGACAUGGAUGAGGAAGAAGCCAGGAGAGAGAUGUCAAGGAUUUUAAAGGAACUGAAACAUAAACACCCAGAAAAGGAGACAGAGCAGCUGAUCGAGCUUGCUAACUACCAGGUCCUCAGCCAACAGCAGAAGAGUCGCGCAUUCUAUCGCUGCCAAGCAACCAGGCUCAUGACUGGUGCAGGGAACAUACUGAAGAAACAUGCAGCUGACCAGGCCAGGAAAGCAGUUGGCACCCAUGUAUUUCACUCAGAGAUUUCAGAAAAUGAUCUUUCUUCCAAAAUCUUUUUUGACCCAGGCACAUACCAGUGUUUGGAAAACUGUGGCUCAGUCGCUUUAAACGUGGUACGACGAGGUGGUGAUCUAACCAGCACCGUCUGUGUGAACUAUCGCACUGAAGAUGGCACUGCCAAUGCAGGGUCUGACUAUCACUUCGCAGAGGGCAUCAUAGUCUUCAAACCAGGUGAGACUGAGAAGGAAAUCCGAGUGGACAUCAUUGAUGAUGACAUCUUUGAGGAGGAUGAGCACUUCCUGGUCCAUCUCACUAAUGUCAGGGUGUUUUCUGAGGGACCAGACCAUGAGAACUCAGUCGUCAACCAUGUGGACAGCCUGCCAGGGCUGGGCCUUCCAUCCACUGCUACAGUGACCAUUUUUGAUGAUGACCAUGCUGGAAUAUUUACAUUUGAGGAACCCAUAGUUCACGUGAGUGAGAGCAUUGGCAUGAUGGAGGUGAAGGUGGUGCGGAUGUCAGGAGCCCGAGGCGUUGUGGUGGUGCCCUACAAAACCAUCGAGGGCACGGCCAAAGGAGGAGGAGAGGAUUUUGAAGAUACCUGUGGUGCCCUGGAGUUCCAGAAUGAUGAGAUCUCCAAAUCUAUUGAGAUCAAUAUUAUUGAUGACGAGGAGUAUGAAAAGAACAAGAACUUCUUCCUGGAGAUCGGAGAGCCACGAAUGGUGGAGAUGAGUGAAAGGAAAGCUGUGUUGCUGCGUGAGCAUGGUGACUUCGUAAAGACAGAUAAGCAGCUGUUUGGGAGAGAUGUGUACCGCAAAGUGCAGGGAAGGGACAAACCCCUCCUCUCCACCAUUAUCGACAUCACAGGAGAAGGAGAAGAACAAACUCUGACCAAGAAAGAAGAAGAGGAACGGCGGAUUGCUGAGUUGGGCCGUCCAACCCUUGGAGAGCACAUUAGACUUGAAGUCAUUAUAGAGGAGUCCUAUGAAUUCAAGAGCACAGUGGACAAACUUAUAAAGAAAACCAACCUGGCCCUCUUGGUGGGAACAAGUAGCUGGAGAGAGCAGUUUGCGGAGGCAAUUACGGUCAGCUCUGGAGAUGCUGAUGAUGAAGAGUGUGGGGAAGAAAAGUUGCCAUCCUGUCUCGACUAUGUCAUGCACUUCCUGACUGUCUUCUGGAAGAUUCUGUUUGCCUUCGUGCCGCCCACUGACUACUGGAACGGGUGGGCGUGCUUCAUCGUGUCCAUCUCCGUGAUAGGACUGCUCACAGCAGUCAUCGGUGACCUGGCCUCUCACUUUGGCUGCACCAUCGGUCUGAAGGACUCAGUGACAGCUGUGGUGUUCGUCGCACUUGGCACGUCUGUCCCAGACACAUUUGCCAGUAAGGUGGCCGCGAUCCAGGACCAGUAUGCCGACGCUUCGAUCGGCAACGUGACUGGCAGCAACGCCGUGAAUGUGUUUUUGGGCAUCGGUGUGGCGUGGUCCAUUGCGGCCAUCGUCCACCAGUGGAACGGGGAGACCUUCCGCGUGCAGCCCGGCACGCUGGCAUUCUCCGUUACCCUCUUCACCAUCUUUGCCUUCGUCUGCAUCGCGGUGCUGAUGUACCGGCGCCGGCCCGAGAUUGGCGGUGAACUUGGGGGCCCGAGGACCGCCAAGCUUCUUACCAGCGGGCUGUUCUUCAGCCUGUGGCUCCUGUACAUCGUGCUGUCCUCUCUAGAGGCCUACUGCAUCAUCCCAGGUUUCUGAACGGGUCAGGGAAAUGAGAACCGCUCUGUCCUUCCAGAGUCCAAAUCCAGAAAAUGGAUGCAAGCGUAGGAGACAGGUGUCUGGAGCAGCCGUUGAUGCGGUUCCUGUUGUUGAAGUUGUUGUUGCUGUUUGUGCUGUAUGAUUUAUGUGUGUCUCAACACCAGUGUAUCCUUGUUGUUACAUUUGUUAAACUGACUGACAGGUGAGGAUUGAAUCAUGCUGUGUUUGGGCCCGAAAGCCGAUUUUGGUUGUGUUUGGUUCAGAAGUCAAAUUGUUCAGUGAUGAAACUUCUGAUAUGAGCUGACAUACCAAAAGAGGUCUUUCAUCAUGUUCCAAAGUUUUAUUUUGCUAAACUAAAGCUGUUAACUGUCAACACCAUGUUCAUCAGUUAUUUACCAGACUGGAAUAGCAUGGAGCUCCACAUUUUCAUGUUAACGUAUGUUUUGAUACAGUAUUCUAUUUUUACACACAUAGUAAAAUCAAAUCUUAGUCAUAUCAUGAUCACACCAGAUGUCACAAAUACAUGACAUGUCUCACACAGACAACACACCACAGUCAUGAUGAGUGAGGAGGGUGAUGUACACACAUAAACAGUCUCCUAAGUGCAUAAGGCUCCACAAUCCUCUUUCAAUAAAUGUAAAUAUUUACAUCUCCACGGAAAAUGCAUUUAAACACUUACAGUAAAAAAUAUUUUUGUUCAGGAUAACAACCACCAAAAUUCCCGAUCUUGUUCAACAAGUUUUGAAAGUUUUUUUCUUUUAGCUUGACACGUAAAGGCAUAGUUGCUGCAUUGUAUGGCUGGUAGAUGAUUGCCGUUUUCGAACAUAUGGUAAAACACUCAGAGGGUUUCUCCGGUGUGAUUUAACUGUACUACCACAGAAGUGCAGGUUGUAUCAUCCCAUCUGUACCGGCUUCCUGACAUACCUGUUCUAGCACAUAUAUGACAUGUGAGAACUGAGAAACUAGUCUCGGACUGGACUAACAUCUUUAAAGUAAAACCAAAAUGCAUUGUAAUGAUUUCUAAUUUUUUUUUUAAGUUUACAGAUUGAAAAAAAUCAAGGCGAUUACAAGGAAACCCCCAAAACCAGAAAACGGAGUUCCAAAGCUUGUAUCGUUCACCACAUUUCUGGUUUCUGGAGAGUGAGAAGGGCACCAUACUGCUAUGUGACCUGAUCAACAUCUCGACAAUCGUCUAGCACAGUGUUGCAUUUAACCUGAUUUACCCAUUUUCACUGAUUUACUGAAAUUUAAGUGUGUGAGUGCAGGACUCUUCCUUGAGCACAAGCGUGUCUUGCCUUCCAGAUGUCAAAAUACAGUGGCAGUGUGUUUGGACAUCAGAGUGGUGACCUGCAUUUUGAAUAAAAGAGCCUGUGUCAUUUUUCUGCUAAAGUUUGUAGGCUUUCUCACUUUUUAACUUGAGGUUAGCUUGGCUUAUUUAUAGACUUUUUCUAUACCUUGUAAGAGAACAGCUUCAUUCUGGCUUUGGUUCUUCAAAACAAGUUUGACUAGUCUGCUUGUAAAUAAAUUAGACAACUUGGCUGGACCAUUGCAGAAUGGAUCCCAUGGAUACCAAGGACAAGAUGAAGGCAAUUUAUGUGUGUGUGUGUUCAGUAGUGAAUAGCAGUGUUUGGACAAUAUUCAUAUCAGCAUUAACUUUUAUUGGGAUUGUAUUGGAAUGGCUUUAUUCCCUUUUUUUUCAGUGUUGAAUUUCUCAGACCUUGAGUUCUGUCUGAAUUGAAGAAUCAAAGGCCAUUUAUUCACUGAUGAUUUACAUCAAAUACUUUAUGGAAAAUGGUUUCCUGUGCAUAUAAAUAAGAAUUACUAUCUGUACUUUGUAAUAAUAUUUACAACAUUCAAAUAACGAGCAACCACAAGCAGGCAAUUCCCUUAAAACACCAUAGCAAUCUUUGGGAAUAUAUGUGGUUGUAUAUAGUGUACAGACCUCUCAGCAUUUCUUAGCAACAGAAAAUGCAGAAUAUUUAAUACUGUAAGAGGGCAGAAAGGUAUCUGCUGCACCUGCUGGACAAUUAGCUACCUAACCUCCCCAUCUCUCUCUCUCUCUCUCUCUCUCUCUCACACACACACAGAAACUUUUCAUUAAGAAAGUUUUCAUAUGCUGCCUCAGUAGUUGAAUGGUGCCAGAGCCAAAUAAUGGUAAUCAUGGAAAUAAUGGUAAUUAUUUUACAAACUG